AUGAAGCAUAGAGCUGCAACUAAUAGUUUAAAUCAAAAGGAAAAUGAGAAAUGUAUUGGGAAUCAAUAUGCCCUCAAGUAUCGACCACCCUUGCAAUAGGAUUUACUUAUGAAUCUAAAGAAUCAGCAAUUAAAGAAUUUGGAUGCAAUUAGUUAAAUACUGCAAUCUAAAUUUUGUAAAGUAGAGAAGAGAGAUAAUGUUGAAUACUUUAAAUUUGAUUUUAAAAAACAGAAUAUUUGUGAUAGAGUAAAGUUCCUAAUCAAUCAACCAGAUGAUGAUACAAAUAAAACUGAAUAAUUCAAGGCAUAAUAUAAGGUGGGCAGUCGUAUUGGUUAAGGUGCAUAUGCUACAGUGAGAAUUGCAAUAUAGAUAGAGAGUGACACAAAAGUGGCAAUAAAAAUAUAUGAAAAAACUAAGAUUAAAGAUUUAUAGAGAAGAAAAGGAGUGAGAAGAGAAAUAGAGAUAUUAGAGAAAUUAGAUCAUCCUAAUAUAGUUAAGAUUCUAGAUACUGUAGAAUCAAAUAAUCAUGUGAAUAUAAUAUUAGAAUAUGUUAGCGGUCAUUCAUUACACCAUUUGGUUAGGAAGUAAUUAGUAAUAUAUUAAUUUAAAUCUAAAGGAAAAAAGAUUAGAAGAAGAAAUUGCAAAAGGAAUAUUCAAAUAAAUUUUAGAUGCAAUUCAAUAUUGUCAUUCUAAGAACAUUGCUCAUAGAGAUAUUAAAUUAGAAAAUAUCUUAUUAGAAGGGCUCAAUCCUAAAUUGAUAGAUUUUGGAUUUUCAACAUCUUUCCCUAUUGAAAAAAAAGUCAAAAUGUUUUGUGGUACUCCAAGUUAUAUGGCACCAGAAAUAGUUACAAGAUAAGAAUAUAGAGGAGACAAAUCAGAUGUAUGGGCAUUAGGAGUAGUGUUAUACACAAUGUUAUAAGGUGUAUUUCCAUUCAAAGGAGAUACUGAUACAGAAUUAUAUAAUAAAAUAUAAUCAGGUGAAUUUACAAUCCUUCAUGAUAUAUCUAAAGAAGCAAUUGCAUUAUUAUAUGGAAUGUUAACUAUUGAUCCAGAUGAAAGACCUACUGUUGUAGAAUUAUUGAAUUAUCCUUGGUUUAAAAAACAACAAUAAAAUUAAGAAAAUGAAGAAAUCAAAAAGAAACAUAAAUUACCAGAUGAUUUAUAAGAAGAUCUAAAUACAAUAACGAAAAAUAUGUCUUAUAUUACUCCUACUAGUUAAAUUAAAUAAUAGCUUUAUUUUGAUUUUUCNUGA